UGGAUAUUGAAGGAGCUCUUGUCUGUUCCCCAGCUUUGCGGGCGGAGGCAGCGAUGGAGCGCUUCGGGGUGAAGUCGGCGCCGUCGCGGAACCGCUCCAAGACCGCUCUGUACGUGACGCCCCAGGACCGCGUGACGGAGUUCGGCAGCGAGCUGCACGAGGACGGGGGGAAGCUCUUCUGCACCUCCUGCAACGUGGUGCUCAACCACGUGCGCAAGUCCGCCAUCAACGACCACCUCAAGUCCAAAACGCACACCAAGAGGAAGGCGGAGUUCGAGGAGCAGAACGUCAGGAAGAAGCAAAGGACUCUGACUGCCUCCCUGCAGUGCAACAGCGCUGCCCAGACGGAGAAAAGCAGCGUGAUCCAGGACUUUGUGAAAAUGUGCCUGGAGGCCAAUAUCCCCCUGGAGAAGGCGGAUCACCCCUCCGUGCGAGCCUUCCUGUCCCGCUACGUUAAGAACGGCAGCUCCAUACCCAAGUCGGAGCAGCUGAGGAAAGCCUAUCUGCCUGACGGCCACGACAAUGAGAACCAGCUCAUCAACACCGAAGACCGUUGAGAAGAGAACUGUUUUCAUCCUUGUUGUGAAGUUUUACAUAUCGAUGGUGUGGUUUAUUUUUAUAUUCAUGCAUAUAUACAGUGUUACAUAUUGAUUUUACAAGCUGUUUUGUAUUCUUGUAGAAAUGACAAUCUGCUCCUGAACUUAGCGGAUCGUUGCUAACCCCGCUGCGGACUUCAGAGCUCACGAGGAAUGUAGGGAGCAUCCCUGGCAUGCUCCUGAUCUCUGUUCAGUCCAGAGGCUGAGGAAAAGGCACUUGAAUGGAGGACCCCAAUUCACAGUGCAUCUAAGAAGAGGGUGUGGUAGGGAUUGCUGCUCGUGGCAGUGGAUUGCUGUGUCCAGUAUCCUGUCCCUGAGCGACCAAGAAGAGAUGCUGCACCUUUGAAAUGCAAGAAGCUCUAGGAUGGUCAGAGGGACGUGGAAGACUCUGGUCCUUAAUCAAGGCCAAAGUGAUUCGUGCUGAAAAAGCUGAUCCUGGGAGAGGAAAGAACUUUACAAGCCAACAGAAGGAUACCUUAACACUGUCAACUUGCAGUUUGUUGUGAAUGCUGAUGGUGUAAAAUGAUCCUGCUUCUGACCAACGACAACUGAAGACUACAAAUUAAAAGUGACACGUGCAUGGCUUGUAGGAGUCAGACUCUCUGGUGUGUGGCAUUGGUUAUGUCAGGGGAUGUUAGAUCAUCAUGAACCCAUUGAUAUUUUGUUCCCUAGUUCAGUUUUUGGGUUCAUUUCUUUCUUGAUGUUUUGCUUGUAAGGAGUAAGUUCCUGCCAUUAACAAAGGGCAGACUGCAUUCACUUCAGUGUUUACCAAGUGGCAACUCUGUCUUCAAUUUUCCUCAUGCCUACUACCUG